AUGAUAGGACAAAAGAGUGGAACUUUUAGAGCAUUUCAAAAGUCUGUUGAACACGAUGACAAGUUGUCUGCUUCAUUUCAUGAAAUAAAUGGCCUGUGCAAAAUGCAAGGAAGGGAAGGACAUUCAAUCAACCUCUCAUUCAAAUGCAGCAGUGCGCCUUACAAAUGCACAACCGAAAUGUUUAUGACUAAUCCGUUUAUAAACUCACAUCGAAACAAUUUUCAUCCAUGCAAUGAUUUAAAGUUGAUUUUACUCCAAAAUAAUGCUCUGUAUUGUUUUUAUAAUCCAAUUCCGGUAGUCUCUUUUCGUAUUUUAGAUACUACUUGGAAUUGUGCAGCAAUAAUCUAUUAUUAUUUUACAACUGGACAAUUCUUGACUGAAUUUGCCUUUAGUCCAAGAGCCUCAUUUUUACCUGAUAAUAAUCCAAAAUUACUUUGUCCUUUUAUGAUGACGAAAUGUGUUUUCCGUCAUUCAUGCUCUCACCUUAAAUGGUACCAAAUACAUUUUCGUUUGCCGACUUCUAAUUUAAAAUCACAUUUUGAUUGGCGAAAUGUUUCACCUCAUUACUAUGGUUUGCAAAUAUGUGCAACCAGUAAAUCUUUUUCAUCUACCCACUUUAAAAUGCGGUUAAACAAUAACAAAAUCACUUGUUUGGCUAUAAAAGCACACAAAAGAAUAGUAGAAGGAACAAAAGGCGAUUUAUUGUUUGUGGUAGCAACCAGCCCUAAAUUUUCCUUUUACCCACUGAUAUUCAGUCGAAAAUCUGGGGAACCAAAAAUGAGGAGUGCAACAGCUCGUCAAAAUACUACAGUAAGUGGUACAUAUUAUCUUCGUGGAGCUAGAGUCUUUUCUGAAGUCGGAGUUUUUGUAGUUGAGGUUAGUUUAAAUUCAGACCCAUUACAGCGUAAUGUUGUCGGAAAUUUUUGCACAUUUUUAAGGAUGUUAAAUGGAGAAGUGUUUAAAAGAAGUCGGUGGCAUAAUUGGAAAACUUUAAUCAUUUGCUUAACACUUCGUUUUGAAAAGAAGUCCACAAUAUGCGUGUUGGAUAAUCCCUGGGUAGAAGAAGGUAAUCAUUUCCCUUUCCUUAUCUCCACAGGGAAAAUGGUCCAAAAGGACAGCCUUUCGAGAAUGAUUUUUCCUGUCAGUAGGAAGACUCGAAAAACAAAGAAGGUUGUUCUUGAUAACUAUAAGUUUUGCAGGAACCAGACCAAAAAUGAGAAAAAAUGUGCUUAUCCUAAGGAUAUUCCUAAAGAUAACAUAUUUCAGAAGAAGGUGGAAUUUCUGAUUCAUUCAAGUCUCAUAAUCUUAGCUAAAGAUCUAACUGAAUUCCAAUCAAACGAGAAGUUAAAUGAAAAUUUUGAGCAUAAAAUAAAACCGGAAAUUGAAGAAAUGAGUUUAAAUUAUUUGUUCAAGGAUAGCUACUUGCAAGAUUUUACUUUACUGCGACUGUAA